AUCCAAUAUAAAAAGAAACGAACACAAGAUUGCGCGAAAGCAGACUUUGCAAAGGAAGAGGAACAAAGCUGGCAUCUCCGAGCUCUUUCCGGUAACCAGCCUUUUCUUGCAGAGGAAUCUGCAGAGCGAUUCAAAUCUCCGCGCGAAAUGAAUCCACGGAGCGAUGCAUUUCCCGGGAGGAGCGACGGGAGGUGGAGCGCACGCAACAAAUCUCGCACCAACAGCAGUGUGAAAAUAGUCACACACCAGUUUCCCGGAAGAGGCUCCCUGCAAAGCACUAACCUUCCAAAACUCACGUGGCGUUUGCAGUCUGCGAGGGACAGUCACAGAAAGAAAGAAAAAGUUCCUUUUGUUGGAAGUCUUAGGUUUGUUUUGCCUCCGCGCUUUACAGAUUUUGGCGCAGUUGAUGUCUGGUCGGAUGCUGCAAUACUAGUAUUGGUUAAUAGCAAAAUACCCUGAAGCUGCUCUGCUAGCCGAUCAGACUUGUUUCCAACAUUGUAAGUAGACCACCAGUUAGUCUAGAUACGGCUCUGUCUUAAUUUUGGCGAUUCGUGCGGCAGCCCUUUCCCCCCCAGCUUGGGUUUGCUGUAUAAUUUUACCCGAUCAUACAUGCCGCGAUCAAAUAAGAUAGAAGUAGUGACACAAAAGUCUCAUUGUUUUCUUCCUUAAACUGAAAUCAUUUCUAGCAAAAUAUGUUUUAAAAGUGAAAACAACGCAGUCAGUGCAAUCCUGUACGAGUCUACUCAAAAAGCAAGGCACACAUUGCUCAGUGGAGCCUAUUCCCUUAUAUAGGGAUUUAGUACAGGGCAUUGAGAUAAAAGGGUAAUUGGUAUCAAAAAAGAGAAAACAAUCAUUUGAUUUCCACGAGAAAGAGCGAAUCUGUGUUAAAUGUGUGUGUGUGUGUGUGGGGGGAUACAGGCUGUCAUUUUGAUGUCAGUGGUGUUGUGGGUGCUGCAAAAAGCAUCCACAAGGAGCACCGACUCCAUUUUUAAACAAUCGUCUGGAAGCAUCUAGAUUGCAACCUAAAUUUGGCAUUUAAUCUAUAACAAUGUGGAGAAUUUCACAACACAACUGCACUUGGUCAAUAUGGGCUUGCUAGGCAGAAUUGCAUGGUGCAGAUCGUAAUUUAUGACAGUGUUACUUACACAUGUGCAUGUCUGUAUAUGUACUCUCCAGAAGGGGCAUCCAAUUUUAGCUUCCCAGUGCACAGAGAGACAGGGAUUUAAAGCCACAUAGCAGUGUUUUCCCAACCUUUGGUCUCUGGCUGUUUCUGGACUACAUUUCCCAUCAUCCCUGACCGCUGGGCUUGCUAGGUAGGGAUGAUGGGAGUUAUAGUCCAAAAACAGCCAGAGACCUAUGUGGCGGUGUCAUAUGCUAUGAUUUGCAUCAACAAGAUUUGUGUGAAUGUCAGCAUGGAAACAAAUGCUUUCCUGUAGGGAUUUUGUCCUGGGCUAAGGGAUAUCGUGAAGUGACUGGAAGCGGUUUCCUCCUGUUGAGAGAGAAGGAACACUUUGACAUCACCAUUGGAGAAUGCUACCGGUACCUUGCCUGUUCUGUUGGAAUUAAGGAGUAUCCUUUUAUUACAGGGGCGAAAAUGACUUCUGGCAGAACUGGCUUGCGUCUGGCUGCUUGUUUGCUAAACAUUUCAGAAGGAAGAAGAAAGGACAUUGUUGAGAAAGUAGCAAGAGCUGCGGUUUGUGAGGAUAAUGGUAAGAAUAAUGUGGAUCUACUCCAAAUAUGGGACACGGGUGGUGCUGUGGGUUAAACCACAGAGCCUAGGACUUGCCGAUCAGAAGGUCGGCGGUUCGAAUCCCCGCAAUGGGGUGAGCUCCCGUUGCUCGGUCCCUGCUCCUGCCAACCUAGCAGUUCAAAAGCACGUCAAAGUGCAAGUAGAUAAAUAGGUACCGCUCCAGCGGGAAGGUAAACGGUGUUUAUGUGCGCAGCUCUGGUUGGCAGAAGCGGCUUAGUCAUGCUGGCCGCAUGAUCUGGAAGCUGUCUGCGGACAAACGCCGGCUCCCUUGGCCAAUAAAGCGAGGAUCUAAUAUGCACUUUCUUUAUAAUUUCUCGUUUUAGAAUAUCUCAAGCAUAUUUUUUAUUUUUUCUCUUUAGGAUAUCUCAAACAUGAAAAUGCUUUUAAACCCUCAGGUUGCAUAUUAAUGUCAUCAUCCUGCACUUAAAGGUUAAAGGUAAAGGGACCCCUGACCAUUAGGUCCAGUCGUGGCCGACUCUGGGGUUGCGGCGCUCAUCUCGCUUUUUUGGCCGAGGGAGCCGACGUACAGCUUCUGGGUCAUGUGGCCAGCAUGACUAAGCCACUUCUGACGAACCAGAGCACCGCACGGAAACACCGUUUACCUUGCCGCCGGAGUGGUACCUAUUUAUCUACUUGCACUCUGACGUGCUUUCGAACUGCUAGGUGGGCAGGAGCAGGGACUGAGCAAUGGGAGCUCACCCCGUCGUGGGGAUUUGAACCGCUGACCUUCUGAUUGGCAAGUCCUAGGCUCUGUGGUUUAACCCACAGCGCCACCUGCGUCCCUUCCCUUUAUCUUUACCUUACUCCAAAUAUACCUGGUCUAGCCAAAAUUAAAACAUCUGCAACCCAGUUCUAGAAACGUUUGCUUAGAAUUCCACUGAACUCCUCUUUGGAACUUAAGCAUGUGUGGAAUAAGUUUGUCCAGUUGGUUGAGACAAGGGAUAAGGCCUUUCCUAUAGUGGUGUGGAGGAGCCCUGUGGAAUGCACUUGGCUAGCCCACCGUCGGUAUUGCCUGUGGAAGGAGCCCUAUCCAUCUUCAUGCACAUAGGCCUCUGUCUGAUGCGCAACCAGUGUUUGUUUGAAGGGGACCAAUGCCAGUGCAAAGAGUGCACAUAGGUGUCAGGUGGCAGUAGGCAGCUCCCAUGGCUGGUUGCCAGGAACGUACAAGACAAGGAAAAGUUCUUACCAUCUGCUUUUUAUUCAGUAUUUAGAGUUUGGAUUUGGAUUUGAUAGCCCGCUUUAUCACUACCCUAAGGAGUCUCAAAGCGGCUAACAAUCUCCUUUCCCUUCCUCCCCCACAACAAACACUCUGUGAGGUGAGUGGGGCUGAGAGACUUCAGAGAAGUGUGACUAGCCCAAGGUCACCCAGCAGCUGCAUGUGGAGGAGCAGGGAAGCGAACCCGGUUCACCAGAUUACAAGUCUACUGCUCUUAACCACUACACCACACUGGCUUUAUUUACAGACAGAGGCUUGGAACACAGCCUCUUGGGAUAAUGGCAUUGUCCCGAGUGACUCUCCACACUUCUUUUCUCCCACUUCCUCAUCCGUCAUUGUCACCUCCUCUACAGGUGGUGCUGAGGGCGCUCUGAGCCCUUUGCUCUCUUACUUUCAAGGCUUGCCGGAUUCUGGGAUAGGGGUGGUGUCUGGAAUGCUUUCUAAAGACACUGUGUCUGUCAGUUGUUGCCCCUCUGAUGCUUUCUCUUCUUCUUCCUCCUCUUCCUCUCCCGUUAUUUCCCAGCUUUCCCCCUCACCUGCCUCUGAGCUGUGACCUCCCUCAAACCCCUGUUGUAAUUCUGAACUGUCUCCUUCUUCUCUGGAAGGGUCAGGCUGGGGAGGCAGUCUCCACCAUUCCUCCUCUGCCCAGUCCCUGACAAUAGGACAGCCUGCCCUGGGAUGCAAACCCUGAUGGUGGAGGGAGCCUUGUGUGAGCAGGAUCCCCUUUAGUCUGAUGCUGACUGGAUGUGACCUGUUCUUUCAUGGGAGCCCCUCCAUGUAGUCAUACCUGAAUGCCAAAAGUAAUUAGGAUAGAUCCAAAACUGUGUAUUGACAGAAAAGGGCAGAUGUCAGUUAGCUGGAGUGAAUAAUAAUAAUAAUAAUAAUAAUAAUAAUAAUAAUAAUAAUAAUUUAUAUCCUGCCCUCCCCAGCUGAAGCCGGGCUCAGAGCAGUUAACAACAGUAAAAUAAUACAGCAUUCUAAAAUCAGUUCAAAUCAAAUUAAUGGCAACCAUUGGGUUAGAGUUCUGUGAGGAUUACUAAAGGAGGGGGCAGGCUCUGCCUUGGCCAAAGGCCUGGUCUUGCAGGCCCUGUGGAAAGAUGUCAAGUCCCACAGGGCCCUGGUCUCUUGUGACAGAGCGUUGCACCAGAUCGGGGCCACAGCCGAAAAAGCCCUGGCUCUGGUUGAGGGCAGCCUAACCUCCCUGUGGCCCGGGACCUCCAAGAUGUUUUCGUUUGAAGACCAUAAGGUCCUCCAUGGGACAUACCAGGAGAGGCGGUCCCUUAGGUACAAGGGUCCUAGGCUGUAUAGGGCUUUAAAGGUUAAAACCAGCAUCUUAAACCUGAUCCUGUACUCCACCGGGAGCCAGUGCAGCUGGUAUAGCACUGGGUGAAUGUGAUCUCGCAGCGAGGACCCUGUAAGGAGUCUCGCUGUGGCAUUCUGCACCCGUUGGAGUUUCUGGGUGACCGUCACGUAGGGAUCACAGUGGCUAGGUCAGGGCGAGAGAGGUAAGGAGCCAACUGCUUAGCUUGGCGGAGAUGAAAAAAUGCUGCCUUUGUUAUAGCUGCAAUCUGCGCCUACAUGGAAAGGGAGGUGUCGAAGAUUACACCCAAACUCUUAACAGACGGUGCUGGCACUAAUUGCGCCACUAAUUGGGGGGGGGGAGUUGCCCCCCCCAAUAAGUUGGUCAUGUCAAAGCCUCUUUCUCCAUUGUACCAGAAGCACAGCUUAGCUGCUUGGAGCAUGGUACUGAUAAUGCCAAGGUUGCAGGUUCGAUCCCUGUAUGGGACAACUACACAUUUCUGCAUUGCAGGGGGGUGGGCUAGAUGAGCCUCAGGGUCCCUUUCAACUCUACAAUUCUAUGAUUAUGAUCAAUGCAAGGGUGUUUAUUGUUUAUUUAUUUAUUUAUUAUUUUCCAUUGAAGGGUUGUUUAACUGGGGGAGAGCAAUCAAAAUAAUUUUUAAAACCUUCCUUAUGCCAUGUCCGACUUAUCUGCCCAUUUCGUCCAGCAUUAUCUGUUCUGGCUAUCAGUGGCUCCCUAGGGUCUCAGUCUUUCCCAUUACCUGCUACUUCAGGGUUGUUGAUUCGGUAAGAAAAUUGCACUCUGCACAUUCUCAGAGGCACUUGACUGUACGUAUUCCGAUGUUAGCCGUGGUUCUGGAAGCGGAUGGUGUAUCUAAGCCCCCUGGCACAAAUGAAGCUUUGAUGAGAAAACAUUAGUUGAGCUUUCAAGCUUGAGCUUUCCGUUCUCACCCACCCAACCAAACAUUGACGUUGAUGCUUGUGAAGCUCUGAAGCCGUAUGUUGGGUGUGUGUGUGUGAAGUAUGUAUAGAAAGUCCUGCCUUGGGGCAGGAGCUGAGACUAAACGACACUCUUGAGUCCCUUCCAGCCCUCUGGUUUUUAUGAUAGCUAUGGUUUGGUCAGCCAAUCAUUUCCGAAGUCCUACCAAAUGGCAGCCUUUGUGAAGUUUUUGGAUAUAGUUUGCAUGAGCUGUGGUUGCACAAAAGAAACACAUUGAUCUGUUAAUCACUGACUAACACAUUCUAAAACUUCGGGGUGGCGUUUUUGUUUGUGUACUUGUAAGAGUUUUUUCUCCUGGCAUCUCUUUCAGGCUAAGUCUGAAGUUCAUUGUGUGAACAAACUUAGGGCAAACAGAUGCAGAGGAGGACCAGCCCUCACCCGUUAAUGAAGUUGCCAAGAAUUGGGAAUUUCAGCCAGUAUGGUUUUCAUAAUGACAAGCCCUGGAUUGUGUUGCCUAUCUGUACUCUUUCAGACAGGGGUGGGGAACCUGUUGCCCCCCCCCCCAUGUUGCUAGAUGAAAUAUACUCAAGAGUGGAUUUCAUGCUCAUUAUUCAGCUCAUAGUGGUGAGGAGGAAUGAAUGUUUCCCCAAAGUAUCCGCUUUAUAUACAUUAUUUACACAAUGGGCUGCAUGUGAUUGGCUAAUUCCAGAAUUCUCCUGUAGGCCAAUCAGGUUGUGGAUUCAUUUCCAUUUGGAGCUGGAUUGGGUGGCUCCUGCAGACCAAUCAUACUGCUGCAUUGUUCUAGGACCAAUCAGACUGCUGCAUUCUGAAUCCUAUUGUUCUAGGACCAAUCAGACUGCUGCAUUUUGGAUCCUGUUCAACUCAGUACAUAACACUAGACUACAAUUCCCAUCAUCUCUGGCCACUGGCCAUACUGACUGUAGCUGAUGGGAGCAAUAUCUUUAAGGCCACAGAUUGCAUUGAGCAAAACUGUUCAAUAUUUUUCUAAUCUAUCAUGCUUGCACCGAUAUAUGCUCCAUUUAGCUUGAUAGAACUUAUUUUGCAAUCAGUGGAUUUAGGAUCAGAAUGUACCUCUUCAAAACAUAGCAUGUGCUUAAGCUAAAUUGGAAGCCUUUAUUUGUUGACUGAACCACAAGAAAUGUUCCAUUUUUUUCCUCCCCAUAGGCCAGGAGCAUCUCCCAGCAACUGUGCUUAAUAUAUUUUCUGACUAUGACUAUAACAGGUCCGUCAUAACUAUUGCAGCUCCAGUUGACAGACUGGGUAAGUUUUAAAAAUAUGUAUUAAAAUAUCCCAGCUCACAUUAUUAUUAUUAUUAUUGGCUUUUGAAUGUUGUGUUUUUGAAUGCAAAGUUUGCAGUUGUAUACAUGUUUACCUGAGAGUAAAACAGUACAUUUUAAACGCAUUGCUUCUCUCAAAAAACAUGCUCUGGUGUUUAGCUUCCUUGAUAAAUGAGGACUUCAAAAAAAUCCUCGGCUGAAAAAUUAUAUAAACAAGAAGUACCAACACAAAGGCACAUAUUUCCCAAAAAGGGUGACAUUUUAAUCCCCUUGGUGGAUGGUUGCACGAAAAUCACAUACACAGAAAAUUAUGCUGUGACUGAUUGUUUGUGACAAGAAGCUCUUGUCUGGAAGCCCUCUUGAAAGGGUUUUUGAAAAUAAAUAACAUUCAGCUAGAUUUGAGAGGGAUGUGUUGUGUAGCUUUUUCCUUCAACACUGGUUUACAAGAGCCAGUUCCCCAAUUAACAUCACAUUCCUAACCAUGUCUACUCAGAAUUAAAUUCUAUUGAAUUCAAUGGGAACUUAUUCCCAGGUAAUUUGUGUUUGGACUGCAGCAAAGCUUACUUUUGAAUUCAGGCUUCUGUGAUGGAGGCGGAGCAGAAUAAAAUAUUCUUUCUUAUCUUUUCUGCUAAGGAUGUUCUGUAGGGAUGUUUACAAAGUGAAUCAAAAGCAGUCUUGUCAGACAAAGUUAGCAGGAGGAUGUCAGGUGGCCAUAAUUAACAUGGUUGUGUUCAGCACUUCACUAAAAAAAUACACCCUUGUAGAUUGUGAUUCAAUAGCAAACCCUCCAAGAUACCAAGUGGGCUAUUUUGUUAGUAUAUUUUUAAAGUGUGUUUGUUGCAUAUAAUAAGAACCCUUCUUCAAGGUGGGUAGAUUUGUAAUAGUCAUAAGAGCUUCACAUUUCUCCCAAAAUAGUGCUUUGUGUAAAUGAGAAAGAGGGGUUAUCUUAUCACUGUCACUAGAAACAGUCGCAAGGGGCUGCGGGGAGUUUGUCUAUGCUCUUUCUUUGUGUGUGAAUGUUUUUAAUUAAAACACAUUUGGGGCAAGAGUGGCUAAGAUUUAGUUUUCCUUUUCAGAUUUAGUUAAAAAUGGGUUUGAUAAUGUUUCUUUCGCCCUGUUUGUGUUUUGUUAGGCAGGUCUGUCGUUGCUGCCUGUGUGGAGGCUUUUGCUUCAAUAGAUAUGGCGGAACAUUCUGGAAUCCACCCUUGCCUUGGCGCAGUAGACCUGGUGCCCAUUUACCCUUUGUCGGGUGUCGAUGUGGAAGAGUGCGGAACAGUGGCUCAAAGUAAGCAGAACCUGAACAUCCUGCACAGGCGGGGGUAGUCAAUGUCGCGACCUCAGUAUAUGGUUGGUUGGACUCCAAUUCCCAUCAUCCCCAGCCAGCAUGGCCUUUGGUCAGGGAUGAUGAGAGUUGUAGUCUAGCCCCAUCUUGGCCGUACAAGAUCUGACCCAAGGAUCCUUAAUGUAGUCACUGGGAUGUUGGAUUGUUCCUCUGUCAAAGCAGAGGCAUCUCUCUAAAUUACCUGGGGUAACUGUGCCCCUGAAGGACCAGGUGCACAGCCUGGGAGUCAUUUUGGAUUCACAGCUAUCCAUGGAGGCGCAGGUUAAUUCUGUGUCCAGGGCAGCUGUCUACCAGCUCCAUCUGGUACGCAGGCUGAGACCUACCUGCCUGCAGACUGCCUCACCAGAGUGGUGCAUGCUCUAGUUAUCUCCCGCUUAGACUACUGCAAUGCGCUCUAUGUGGGGCUACCUUUGAAGGUGACCCAGAAACUGCAAUUAAUCCAGAAUGCGGCAGCUACACUGGUGACUGGGAGUGGCCGCCAAGACCACAUAACACCAGUCCUGAGAGAUCCGCAUUGGCUCCCAGUACGUUUCCGAGCACAAGUCAAAGUGUUGGUGCUGACCUUUAAAGCCCUAAACGGCCUCGGUCCAGUAUACCUGAAGGAGCGUCUCCACCCCCAUCGUUCAGCCCCCACUGAGGUCCAGCUCUGAGGGCCUUCUGGCGGUUCCCUCAUUGCGAGAAGUGAGGUUACAGGGAACCAGACAGAGGGCCUUCUUGGUAGUGGCGCCCGCCCUGUGGAACGCCCUCCCUUCAGAUGUCAAGAUAAUAAGCUACUGUCUUCUCUUUAAAAGACAUCUGAAGGCAGCUCUGUUUAGGGAAGUUUUUAAUAUUUAAUGCUGUAUUGUUUUUAACACUUGAUUGGAAGCUGCCCAGAGUGGCUGGGGAAACUCAGCCAGAUGGGCGGGGUAUAAAUUAUUAUUAUUAUUAUUAUUAUUAGGGGUAGGGCGAGGUGGCACUCUGCAAAUGUUCUUGGGAUUCAAACUCCCGCCAACUCCAGCCAGCAUGACCCUUCGUCAGUGGUGAUGGGAAUUGAAGUCUAAUAACAAGUGGAGGGGACGGCGUUGGCUAACCCCAUUCUAAACCAUUUAGUGCAGCUGUUUAAUGUAUACUCCAAAGCCUGGUUGUACAAUUUACAACUGGAAUGACAGCACAGCAUUUUAGAUAACUAAUUGCCACCUUGCUCACAUAUUCACACUUUCUCAGAUCUGUUGCCUGCUUGUGUGUUUGUUUAACACAUUAAAAUCCCACCCUUCACAAGAAACACCAGGGAGGUUCACAGCAGUACAAAUAUAUGUAUAUAUAUGUUAAAAACAAUGUGCUAAAAUACAGCCAUCACAGUAAAAGCAGCCAAUUCUACUAAAAGCUCUACAUUAAUAACUAGCAUAUGCCUGGGUACAUUAGAAAUGUUCUUAGCGUGCAUCAAAUCAUGUAACAAAGGCAGCACUUGCCUUAUUUUUGAAGGGAGAUGAGGGUGCCCACAUACUGGGUAAAAAGGUAAAGGGACCCCUGACCAUUAGGUCCUGUCGUGACCGACUCUGGGGUUGCGGCGCUCAUCUCGCUUUACUGUCCAAGGGAGCCGGCGUACAGCUUCCGGGUCACGUGGCCAGCAUGACUAAGCUGCUUCUAGCAAACCAGAGCAGCGCAUGGAAACGCCGUUUAGCUUCUACUUGCACUUUGACGUGCUUUCGAACUGCUAGGUUGGCAGGAGCAGGGACUGAGCAACAGGAGCUAUCCCCGUCACAGGGAUUCGAACCGCCGACCUUCUGAUCGGCAAGUCCUAGGCUCUGUGGUUUAACCCACAGCGCCACCCGCGUCCCUCACAUACUGGGUGCCAUAAUGGAAAAGGCUUUUCCUCUGGGUGUUUGUUUGUUUUCUAUACCGCCCUUCAUCUAAGGAUCACAGGGAGGUUUACGAAAGAGCAACACAUGCACCCACAUCACUCCUUCAAAAUUCCAGAGUACUCACUGGCCCCCAAAGGCUGCCACCCCUAUUCUAGCUGUUGUACUUCCCUUCUGUUCCUCUCUUCCCUCAGAUAUAGCAGAGACCUUAGUCUGCCGUGUUCCUGGAUGCAGCAUAUUUCUUUUUGGCCAAGCUCAUCUCCCAGAGAAGCAAAGUCUGGUUCAAAGAAGAAAACAGCUGGGAUGGUUUAACAGUAGAGCUUUCAACGCAGCCACUGUUAUUCCUGAUGUAGGGCUGUCGCCUACCUUAAGUCAUGGUUUAACAGGUAUGAAAUGAUGGCAAUGUUCAGUGUUGCUGUUUUUGUCAUGUGUACAAGCCAAUCAAUGUCUCUAGGACUUCACAGAGGAAUAUAGCCCACUCCCCAGUGGUCUGUGCCCCAAGGAGCUUACAUAUAAAUAUUGAGAAUGGGAGAGAAUGCAGAUAAGAGACAGGUGAGUGUCAUAGCUGUCAACUGUCCCUUAUUUGGCGGGAAAGUCCCUUAUCCCAGCGCCGUGUCCUGCUGCUGUCCCUUAUUGAUGCUGUCCCUUAAAUUUCCCUGGUUUCAAAGGAAGCAGCUCCUCUCCCUCCCUCCCUCUCUGCUGGCUGGGGAGGAGGGAGGCUCCAACUGGGUUGCUUGGCUGCAUUGCUCACCCAAUAAGGAGUCUAAGACUGGGGGGUGGGGGGGUGGAGCUUGCAUGCCUUGUGCCGAUCAAAUCAGCUGUGUUGCCUGGGGACUCGCCUUUGCUCAGUGCUUCCCAGCAGAGGUGACAGUGGUUUUCCUUGCUGCAUCCCCUUUGCUGGGUUGCUGCGCUGUGGGAACCACCGCUUGAGGCUUCGUUUGGCUGCUGGCUGGGCUUUCUGCCUUUGUCUCGGAGGGGCUCAGAAGUUGAACAUACCUGUGCUAGGAAAAUCCCUUAUUUUGGCUGCUGAUCCCUUAUUUUCGAGGCUGCUAGUCCCUUAUUUUCAAAUCUGUAAGUUGACAGCUAUGGUGAGUGUACCAAAAAUUGAGAGAGGGAAGAUAGGAAGACUAAUAAGGGAUUAAAGUUGCAUAGGCUUGCUGCCCAGUCUUUGCUUACUUGGGGCUUCACAGAGUUCAUUAGAACUUAUUCCCAAGCCAAUGGCACUUGUAGGACUGAAGGCUUAGGCUUUUGAGAUGGGGAUGGGGAAUAAAGUACCAUUCAAAAGGGCUUGGGAGAGGACGACUUGUGGGGGUAUUGAGGAAGAGAGAGCACCAAGAAGCAACAGGAAAUGCAUAGAGGUAUUUAAGAGCAGAAGACCUUGAGGCACCUGGCAGCUUUUUGCUCUUAAUUUGAUAUAGGCUGUAAUAAUAAAUAAUAAUUAAUUUUUUAAAAUUUAUAUCCCGCCCUCCCCAGCCGAAGCCGGGCUCAGAGCGGCUAACAACAGUAAAAUAAUACAGCAUUCUAAAAUCAAUUCAUUAUAAAAUCAGUUCAGAUCAAAUUAAUGGCAACCAUUAAUGGUCGCAAAUCAAUUAAUCUAUUCCAGUGUAAGCAAUAUUUUGUGUUGAAUCCCUUCAGGUAACUCCAGAACCUUCUUGAAGUCUACAAAGGUUUUGACUUUCCCACGCAGGCUAUUUUUUGAAAAAUAAACCAAUAAAUGAUUGUCUCUUAAAACAGGGGUGGAGGAACUGUGACCCCUAGAGAUGUUGUUGGAAUCCAACUCCCAUCAUCAAUAACCAUGGGCUGUCUUCACUGGGAACUGAUGGGAACUGGAAUCCAACAGCAUUUGGAGGGGCACGGUUUCCCCAUCCCUGUCUUAUAAGAUGCGUUUUGAGUGUUGUGUAUCUUAAGUCCCUGUGUAAAGAUGUGAGACCUGGAAGAGCAACAACUACAAAAAUCCCAGAAUUCCUGGAGUGGCUAAAGAACUCCCUUUUGGGCUCCGCUGCGUUGCCAGUAGGCAAAUUGUCCAUUUAAAUAAUUUGCACAACAUUAAUUGUCAGCAAUAAUAGGGGGUUAAAUCACCUGACUUCUGAGUUUCCAUGUGAGUUUACAAUUGGUCAUCAUGUGGUCAACAGCAGUCCGUUGCAGCCAUUCUUGAGCAUGUACUAUCAAGCAUUUGUGUACCAUUGAUUUCUUUUCUUUUCUUUUCAAGCCCUACAAUAUCAAUGGGGCUUGUUUCUUACCCUGGAUUAUGCCCAGUAAACUAUUUCAAAUGUUUUGAAAGGAGGACGGAUGAGGCAUUGCUACAAUCCAUUGAAGAGAAUUGGUUAAAUAUUUAAUAUAGAAUGGGGAGGGGAGGUAGAUAUCAAGAGAAUAACAGUAAUUAUUCUCCUAUUGACCCACUUAGAAUUAACCUACUUAAAAAACGCUCUGCAUAAAACAAAGCUCCUUAUGUACUUUGAUUGAAUAAUCCAAUUUUUUUUAAAAAAAAUCCUGUUUCUUCAGACGUCAUUCUGCCGCAAGAAUCCUUAAACCAGUUAUUAUUGCCAGUGCUGUCACACUCAUACUGCCUUUGCGUUUGUGAGAAAGGAACACACACCAGAUGUUAAUUAGUGCAUUUGUUUUUAUUUUCCCUCUACCUCAACAAUUUGGCCUUGAGGGUUUGUGUUCUUUUUUUGUUUUUGUUUGCUGUAAAGAUCUUUGUUUCUAUCCAGGCUCUGGCUCAUAAACUACAAAGACAAUGAGUCAGAACUCCAAGGAGGAAAGGAAAAGACAAGACCUCGGAGAAAUAUUAAACUUUCACACUCUUUUUUUCAUCAUGAACAAUUUGCAAUGAUGAUUUAUCCCAGGUGGAGUUUCUCCCCUUCCUUCUUUCACGUUGCUUACGAAGAGGCAGAUAUAAAACUGCUUUUCACUGGGGAAUAGGUCUUGAGUGCAGUACCUUUGAUUUAUUUACUAGAUUCACCACUGGCUGACUUCUGUUUGCACCGAGGUAGCUCAGUACUCAGUGUGAGAAACAGACUUUGCUCUGCAACUUCCCUUCUCCUGGAAUGCCCUUCCAGAGCAUUUAUGUAAAAGCUUGGGAACUAUGGGCCUGUGUGGGGCAGCAUAUUCACUCCUCCAGACCUUUAUUUGCAGUCCUGGGAAGUUUCUCUAGGCCAUAAAACUCACCAGGCCUGCUAUGGACUCUUCUUGGGUUUGCUGGAUCCAACCACAGUCGUACGUUGGUUACCAAACGCCUUGGAACUUGUACAUUUCGGCUCCCGGAAACCAGAAGGACUGUUCCGGUUUUCAAAUGAUUUUCAGAAGCUAGACAUCCGGCGUGGCUUCUGCGGCUUCCGAUUGGCUACAGGAUGCUCCUGCAGCCAAUCAGAAGCCGUGACUUGGUUUUUGAGCGGUUCCGGGAGUUGAAUGGACUCCCGGAACUCAUUCUGUUCGAGAACCAAGGUACAACUGUACUACUCAAUCUCUUGAUAAAGAAUACUGAAUAUUGCCUAAGUGAAGGUUAGCCAAAGUCCUUUUCCGAGGCUUAGAAACUACUCGACUGUAUCUGAAGAGUAGAUGCAGAAGCCAAACCAACCUAACAACCAUUCAUUUCGACUCACACCGGUGGCUCAUUUUUUUUAUCAUUUCAGGGGUCGGGGCCAGCCCUUACGUGAUGAAUUGCAACGUGACUGUCGACACGCAAGACUUGGCUACGGCCAAGGAGAUCGCAGGCUCCGUCCGGGGCAGCAGUGCUGGAGGCCUGAAGGGCGUGCAGUCGAUGGCUUUCCCACACAACGGGCAAAUCGAAAUAGCGUGCAACGUGGAAAGCUUUGACGACCAUGACGCCAGGUGGGCCGCGGGCGACAAAUCGGGAUAUGUUUCCUACAGCAUUCUCGGGAGAACGUAUCACUACGUGUCGCCUUGGCUGAUAGAAGCUUCCAUUAAGAAGUCAGCCAGAGACCGUGGAGUAAGAACUGUUGGGACCGCGCUGGUUGGGUUCACGCCAGAGGAAUGCGCACGAUGCGCUGCCUACGCAUUGACAAGCGGUGUCCAUGAAUUCUGGAGGAUGCGGGGUGGCGUUUUCAUGUGAUAGCCUUGCUGUUUGCUGGCUUUAAAUCGGGAAGAACCUCAGAUCUUGGUGUCACACCCUCUCCCCAGACACUCUUGUCUCACUCCGUGAUCCUCAAAUAUUUUUGCCUGACUGGAACGCAUCAUUGACCUCUGCCUCUGCCUCUGGCUUGCCUGUAGGGAGGAAGGAAUGGGUUGUGUCAGAUUGUGUGUGAAUUAGCCUACUGUACAAAGGUAAAAAAUUACACUAAUUGCUAUGCCCAGUUUUACCUUUGGCCACCACUGGUAUGAAAUUCCCAGAAACCUGCUGUCAGGCUGAAAAACCGUUCCUGAUCACUGUUUAAAAUUCUACUCCUUGCUAAUUCCAAGGCAACCUUUGGGGGCCAGGAGACUAAUGUAUCCUGGCAAGGUAGAAAUAAAUUGAAAUACUUGAUUGUCACUUGUACAACUUGUAUACAGUGAGUUUACAUGAGCACCCCCCACUCAGCUCUCUUAGUCUUAAUUCCCCUCGUUUACUGACGCACACCCACCAAACCCGAAAGCCAGUUGCCCUGUUGUUAUCUUUUCAUUCAGCAGCCUAACAGCCCAUGGAUAGAAGCUGUUCUUUACCCUGUUGGUGCGACUAAUCAUGCUUCUAUAUCUUCUGCCCGAAGGUGGAAGAUCAAGAAAGUGCCGGUGAGGGUGUGAAUCAUCCCUGAGAAUUUUCCUCACUCUCCUGAGCCAAUGUUCUUCCGCUAUUUCAUCCAGCGGAUUCACGGGACAGCCCAUAAUAUCUUGUGCUAUAUUCACCACCCUCUGUAGGCACUUCCUAUCAGUUGAUGUCUAACCAGCGCACUACACCGUGAUGCAGUAUGAAAGGACACUUUAUAUGUGGAUUUAUGUAGAGUGUAUCCAACUAACACUUUGCUCAGAAUUAGGACACCCUGGAUUAGGCCAGAAUUUCAUCCUUUUUUCACAGUGGCCAAGCAGAUGCCUAUGGGAAGUCUGUAAGCAGGACUUGAAUGCAACAGUCCUCAUUUGUGAUUUUCAGCGACUUGUGUUCCAAGGCGUACGACCUCUAAGAGUGUUACCUACUGAGCUUGGAUCCUAGAACAAUAGGCAGGUUGGAUCCUAGAAGGCAACAACCUGAUUGGUCUGCAGGAGCAGCCCAAUCAGGCUCCAGGAGGAAGUGAAUCAGCAACCUGAUUGGCCUGCGGGAACAGUCCAAUCAGGCUUCAGGAGGGGAGUUGAAUCAGCCAAUCACAUGGGCCCCAUUGUGUAAAUAAUGUAUAUAUAGCCAGAGGUUUUUGGGGAAAGCACUCAUUCACUGUUUGCCACGAGCUGAAAUAAAGAGCAUGAAAUCAACACUCGACUCCGAGUAUAUUUCAGAGACGCUAGGAGAAGCAGAAAAACAAUUAAGUAUGUGCUUUGGAAAGUUGCCCCAAAACCUAGCUAGUGGUUCCAGCACCAUCGCAAGUUCUUGAUUCUCCAGGAGCAAUGGGUGGCAAAGGGAUGGACUCCAGAGAGUCUUGGCUGGAAGCUCAGUGGGCCAGAUGGGGAGGCUUCACAGACUGGAACUGGCCAUAGGGCGGCAGUUCCCUCACCCCUGUCCUAGAGCCUCGCUCCUCCCUUUCUUCUUGUGCCUCAUCCGUUCCAAAGAGGCUGCAUGGCAGCAGCAAAUAUGGUAGCCAACUUGAUGCCCUCCACAUUUCAUUUUACCACAGCUCCCAUCAUCCCUGACCGCAUGAGCUGGAGCUGAUGCAAUCUGGACUCCCGAAGACAACUGGAGCACCAAAGUAUCUCCCUGGAGGUUAAUCUUGGUUUAUCACGUCCCCCUUGGGAGGCUGUUGCGUUGACAGCGAUAAAACCCAAGAGCAAGCAAGAAUCCCUGGUAUAAUUAUUGGGGGAAAUGGCUUGCGCUUCCAUGAUGCCUCUCUAGGGUGUGUCCCUUUAGAGCAAUGUUGUUGUUUAGUCGUUUAGUCAUGUCCGAUUCUUUGUGACCCCCAUGCACCAGAGCACGCCAGGCACUCCUGUCUUCCACUGCCUCCCGCAGUUUGGUCAAACCCAUGCUGGUAGCUUCAAGAACACUGCCCAACCAUCUCGUCCUCUGUCGUCCCCUUCUCCUUGCGCCCUCCAUCUUUCCCAACAUCAGGGUCUUUCCCAGGGAGUCUUCUCUUCUCAUGAGGUGGCCAAAGUAUUGGAGCCUCAGCUUCACGAUCUGCCCUUCCAGUGAGCUGAUUUAGGGCUGAUUUCCUUCAGAAUGGAUAGGUUUGAUCUUCUUGCAGUCCAUGGGACUCUCAAGAGUCUCCUCCAGCACCAUAAUUCAAAAGCAUCAAUUCUUUGGUGAUCGGCCU